AUGGAGUUCUUCACCUCCGCUCUUCUUCUUGCCGCCACUGCGAUGGCCCUUCCUCAGCCCGGUGACGGUGAUGGUGGUGGAAGCCACGUCAAGUUCCCCGUCGGCGACAAGACCACCCUGUCUGAGGCUCAGGCCAAGUGCGACAACGACGCCAAGGUCUCCUGCUGCAACAAGGCUACCUACACUCGACACAUCACCAACGUCAAUCAGGGCGGCCCUCUCGCCGGUGUCUUGCAGUCUGCCCUCGGCGGUGGUCCUGGCGGCGAUGGCCUCGGUCUCUUCGGCCAGUGCAACGACAUCAGUGCCAACAGUAACCGACCGAAAUAA